AUCUGGAGGGGAAGAAGGUGUGUGGAGUACAAACAGUACCCAAUGGUCCUACAAUAUAUGCUGUUGUGAUCCCAGAAUUUUGUAUAGAAAUGGCCUGCAGCUGGCAGUAUUAUUGGAAGUGAAAGGAAGCUACAUUUCUAUAGCUCUUAAUAUUGAGACAAUAACAGUAGCUGAUAUCAAAAACCUGGAGUAUAAUAGAAAUUCAGGGGUCUAAAACAUUCUAAGUAACUCCCUCUUGUUGGUACCAAUGAGCACACGACCAUUAUAUAUCACAAGGUCUUUCCUUUGAGGGAUAGAAGAUGGGGCUUUGUGGGUUCAGAAUUAUUUAGGUGUUGAAAUAGAUAAAACCCUGAUUUGGGGCUCUAUUGUGGCCAUAGGACUUACUGGAUGAGGCUUUUCCUUUUAUAGGCUGAGAGCCUUCUUUGGGAUUUGUAUAAAAUGAACACAGAGAUGUGACCAGAUGUGAGUUCAGGGAUUUUAUGAGCAAAAGAGGGAGACAUGUAAACCCCCACCCUCUCUAUAGACUGUGACUGGUCUGGAUCUCCCAGCAGGACAAAUCAAACAUGGAAAGAGGAAACCACACAAGUGUCUCUGAGUUUAUCCUCUUAGGGCUGUCCAGCCAGCUGGAGAGGCAGGAGCUGAUCUUUGGGCUCUUCUUUGUCAUGUACCUGGUUGCAGCAGCAGGGAACUUGCUCAUUAUUCUGGCCGUUGGCUCAGACUCUCAUCUCCACACGCCCAUGUACUUCUUCCUCAGCAAUCUCUCUCUGGUGGACUUCUGCUUCAUCUCUGCCACAGUCCCCAAGAUGCUUAUGAACAUCCAGAUGCAGAUUCAGUCCAUUUCCUAUGGUGGCUGCCUAGCCCAGAUUUACUUUUGCAUUUUACUUGCCAACAUGGACAACUUCCUCCUGACAGCAAUGGCUUAUGACCGCUAUGUGGCCAUCUGCCACCCUCUGCACUACUCCAUCAUGAUGAGCCUCCAAAUCUGUGCCCUUAUGCUGGGAAGCUCCUGGCUCAUCGCCAACUUCCAUUCCCUACUACACACCCUCCUCAUGGCUCGGCUAGAGUUCUGUGCCAGCAAUGUCACGCCUUACUUCUUUUGUGACCUCAUUCCCUUGCUCCAGUUGUCCUGUUCCAACACCCAACUCAACCAGCUCAUGAUUCUGCUGGUGGGGGGCUUGAUCAUCCUCAUUCCCUUCCUUGGAAUUCUUGUCUCCUACAUCCACAUUGUGUCUGCUGUACUCAAGGUCCCAUCUGCUCAGGGUAAACAAAAGGCCUUUUCUACCUGUGGCUCCCACCUCACUGUAGUCAUUCUCUUCUAUGGUACCAUUACAGGGGUCUACCUCAGUCCCUCAUCCUCUCACUCAGCUGAGAAGGAUUCACCGGCUUCAGUGAUGUACAUGGUCGUGACACCCAUGCUGAAUCCUUUUAUGUACUGCUUGAGGAACAAGGACAUAAAGGGAGCUCUAAGGAAACUGCUCAGCCUGAAGGCUUUAUUUUGCAGGCUGUGA